AUGGCGCACCAAGCCCACAACAUUCCCUGGAGCUCCUUCGCAGCCCAGCUCAAAUGGUCGUCGAAAUAUCAUCCAGGGUCCGGCGACCUGCACUUCCGAGACAAGCCUAACCAAGGGAAAGUCGUCCGCCAUUUCGUGGAAUCAUUCGUCCAGAAUCUACUAGAACACUCCCGUACGACUCGACUCAAAUAUCCCCCAAACUAUAAAGUGCCUUUGGAGGAUGAUCUGAUCCUCGAUGACGAGACGGUGAGAAAAAUCUCGCCGACAAUCUGUCGAAUACGGUCCGACAUAGGCAGGCGCUCGCAUUUCCACGAAACAGCGUGGGAGCACGGGUCUACCGACGAUAAUGACCUCCUUCCUCGUAAGGAGCGACUAGCAUCGGCUUUUCUGCGCCAGUAUCGCCAAAAUCCAUGUUACGAAUUCUUAAUUUACAAUGGAGAUGCCUACUUCAACCUCACCAUCGUUGAAACUCUGAUCUUAUAUGGUGAAAUGGAUGCAGUAUUCCGUGUCACCUCACACCCAGACAUUGGGCUCUCCAAAUGGCGUGAAGUGAGCCAAUGCUAUGAUACGGAUACCGAUAUUGGUUGGAACCGGAUUUACGAGAAGGCUUUGCUGUCAUAUAUCGGUCUCAAUCUCCUCUGCUCUUUCCCAGAACUCUGGGAUCCGGCUUCCGGGGGUGUAGCGAAGGGGGAGUACCUCUACUCGGGUCUCUAUCAGCUCAUUCUUCUUAAUGCCGUGGAAUCGGGUAGCCUCGCAGACGUGGCUAGCUAUCCGCAUCAGCAAUUCUUUGGUAUGAGCAAGGACCAGCUUCUCCAACUGAGAAGCAUUCGCAGGUGCAUAAGCGGAUGCACAAUGACGGCAAGACGGCGUUUCCCGUCGGCGCUCGACGUGCUGUUCAGUCUCGAAGGGCGGCGAUAUAGACCGCAUGCUCCCGAUGUUGAGACUGUCCGACGGAUUCUGUUCGGGUUAGGAUUGCCGAUGGAGGUUAUUCUGGAAAUCAUGAAGUACGCCGAAUAUACGCCGCAGAGGGGGCUUUACCUGGCGAACGACCCCUUGUGUUGGGAAAAUCGGGAUGAGUUGGCUAAGUACUUGACGUACUGCUGGUUGCUUCUUGUGCGGCCCCCGUCAGAAUUCUUGGAUAAGUCUGGUCAUGACCCAGGAGUUCCGAUCACAUGGGUGGCGACCAUCAGGAACAGGAGACGAAAUUCCGGUCUGGACGACAUGACCGCUGCGCCAGUGUCUCUUGCCCCCCUCGAUCCAGUACGUUCGGCUUCACUCCCUCAUCAUAAUUGGGAUGUUCCAGAGUUUGAGCCCGAGAGAGUCCGAGAUGUUGCUUCUGCUAUCCCGCCACCCUCGGCAUUCUCCGUCGCCCAGCGCUGGAACGAAACAAAGCGCAACAUCGGGCGGACCAUCUCCUGCUUCUUUGCCUUUGUCGUGCUCCAUGAGAUGUAUGGCCGCCGAGGAGUGGCUGCGCUUGCUACUAUUUCCUACACAGUCUCAUACAUAGGAAUGUCCCUCCACCCGCCCUUUGGGAUCGUGAUACCGUUGCUGGUGCUCACCGGUUAUGGUAGUGGGCUGAUGAACGGUAGCUGGAACAGCUGGGUUGGAGGGUUGGUAAAUGGCGGCACGGUGUUAGCAUUCCUGCACGGCUGCUGGGGGGCCGGGGCAACCAUCGCUCCACUUGUCGUCUCGGCCUUUGUAUCAAGAGGUCUAAAGUGGUGGGAGUACUACUAUCUCAUGACUGGCCUAGCUGCUUGUGCGGUUGUUUUCACCACUUCCGCUUUCUGGGACGAUGCCGGGAUGAGGCAUACUGUUUCUCGGUCUAGCCGGGCGUACGGUUUCACGCUGGCUGUACUGAAAGACAAGAUAACAUUGCUGCUAUCGGCCUUUAUGCUACUCUACGUCGGCUCGGAGGUCACCAUUGGCGGUUGGCUCUUCACUUUCAUGAUGAACGCCCGCAAGGGCAGUCCAUCUGCCUCUUCUCUCGUGGCGUCGGGCUUUUGGGUGGGUAUUACGGCCAGCCGGUUCGCCUUGGGAUGGGUUACCAGUUACCUCGGCGAAAAGAUAAUGGUUGCUACCUACCUCGUAAUUGCAAUUAGCCUCGAGUUGGCAUUCUGGCUUAGCAAAGAAUUCGUCGUCAGUGCUGUAAUGGCCGCCUUGGUAGGCUUCUUUAUCGGUAUGAUCAUGCCAUCGGGUAUCAGAAUGAUGACGAAGCUACUGCCACCGGAAAAACACAUUGUAUCCGUUGGUUUUGGCACCGCUUUUGCUGUCUCGGGAUCAAGCAUUUUCCCUUUCGCUGUCGGGGCCCUUGCUCAGUUUCGGGGGGUUGAAGUUCUUCAACCCGUAGUCCUUGGCUUGUUUGGCGCGCAGUUACUCCUGUGGCUCGUGGUCGCGAAGAUCGGCGUGCGAAACGAGGUCCACGUCGUAUAA